AUGCGCCACGAAAGUUGGAAUCGAUUUUGCCAAAACACAAGCAACCGCCUGGCGAUAGAAGCCCUCCAGCUUUUUAAGGCCCACCUCAAUGAUAAUCGGCAGGAUGAUCAGCCGGGAUGUGGACGAGAAUUCCUAGACAGCAUCUGUUUAGGAAUUCGCAAGAAGUUUGAGCUAUCCCUGUCUCAAAGAUAUUUCGUCCCGAAGGAAGAAACUACCAAAUUUAGCCUGCUAAAAUGCAAGGGCGGAGACAGACUUGCUGACUCACUUGCGGGCACGUUUUCAGUGCCUAAUGUACAUUAUAAUACUCGAAUGCGUAGGGUGUCGAUGCCACGUGUUAACAGUGUUGCACGACUUAACGCUCCCAAAAACUGGUACACAGUCUGGGCUACGCUUAAUUACCUGGGCAUGCUCUACCAUCCCGGUGGUAGCAGUGGUCGUGACUUCUUCCGACGCACAACGCACCCAAUCCGGAUGCGCCGUGCGUCGGGCAUUACUGCUGCGCUGAAACCGAGGCUUUGUUUUCACCUAACCAGUGCGAUCAUCUUUACUGUUUACCUGCUUCCCCGGGCACUUAAUCCCGUUAGCACCUCAACGGUCCGUCUGCAUUCGCCUCCUUGUCCCUAUGCCCAAUUACUCAUCGUACGGCCUGAGUCACCGCGUCAUAUUCGCACUUGGAGAAUUGCUCACGCCCGAUGCUAUCCCCUGCACGACUUGGAAGGUGGCACUUUGCCGCUAGAUUCGCUGCAUCAGAAGCAGCCCUCCAAAGCCGACGAGGCGGGUGAAGCGGAGCAACUCGAGUCGGAGGCCGGGACUACGGAGAAGGAAUCCUCCCUGGCCGCCUCCUCCUCCCUAUCACUGAUCGGCGAGUCCGGCCUUAGCGGUGGCGGCGGUGGUGGUGGCGGACAUCAUCACCAGGCCUCCUACGUCAACGCCAGCACCGUUGUGGCAGCUGCGCUUGCCGCGGCUGCUGCUCAGCGCUCCGCUACGAAGGCGUCCUGUGCUACCGCACCUCUCCCUUGCACCGCUGCCACAACCACGACUGCCACGACUCACCACCAUCACAAGGCAGAGAGUCGCUGGCGACCCGGGUCAUGGCUACGCAGGUCAUUUGUCCUCCUGUGGAGACGCCGAACCUCCCCCAGCAUCGCCACCGCCACCUCCGCCAGCGUCAAACCCAUUCCUCAGGACGAUGUCAUGAGCAUCAUUGCAUAUCACCAGUCCAAAGCGAGCAGGCAGUGUCGCCAGCCCGGAGCCAACAUCCUCCUCCUGGGUGAAUGCGUCCUCGAAGGUGUGCUGACCGAGUGGUUGGGACCCGGUGGCGUCGGGGGCGGUGGCGGUGGGGGGGUGAACACCCCGCCGACUGCCGCACCACCACCCUCCGCUUCCUCAACCUCCUCCGCCUUCUCUGUUCCCGGCCUGCUGGUGCUCCAGGACAACCCCCAGUGGGCUCGUUCGAGGGUCCUCCUCAUGCGAACAUCGGCUGGCUACGUACUUGAAGUCUACACGCCGCCCGAGGUAAGCACCAGGAGAUUCUGGGUGCGUGUGGUCCUAAAAAAGCUCCCAUCGCCAGUGGCCAAUUCCUAG